AGAUCUAGAACACUCCCUUUGCAUGAUAAAAUGUCCUCCUCUAGGAAAAUAGCUUAUUUUUAUGAUCCUGAUGUCGGUAGCUUCCAUUAUGGUGCUGGUCAUCCAAUGAAGCCUCACAGAUUAGCACUGACCCACACACUUGUUCUUAAUUAUGGACUCUACAAGAAAAUGGAGGUAUAUAGACCAUAUAAAGCUUCAAAGCUGGACCUGUGCAGGUUUCAUGCUGAAGAUUAUAUUGAUUUUCUACAAAGGGUUACUCCUCAUAAUAUUUCCGGUUUUACCUCAAGUCUAUCAAGAUUUAACGUUGGAGACGAUUGUCCUGUUUUUCCUGGUUUAUACGAUUUCUGUUGUGUCUAUACUGGUGCCUCUAUUGAAGGAGCCAUCAAGUUGAAUCAUGAGUCAUGUGACAUUGCUAUUAACUGGGCCGGUGGGCUACAUCAUGCCAAGAAAUUUGAAGCUUCAGGAUUUUGUUAUGUCAAUGAUAUUGUCAUUGGAAUAUUAGAAUUAUUAAAGUACCACCCGAGAGUGUUAUACAUUGAUAUUGAUAUUCACCAUGGAGACGGAGUACAGGAGGCAUUUUAUCUCACAGAUCGAGUAAUGACUGUCUCCUUUCAUAAAUAUGGAAACUUCUUUUUUCCCGGAACUGGGGAUAUGUACGAAAUUGGAGCUGAAAAGGGAAAGUUUUAUUCAUUAAAUGUACCUCUUAAAGAUGGGAUUGAUGAUCAAAGCUACAUAUUGUUGUUCAAGCCAAUCAUUCACUCAGUCAUAGAGCACUACAGACCAUCCUGCAUUGUAUUGCAGUGUGGUGCAGAUUCUCUGGGAUGUGAUAGGCUAGGCUGCUUUAAUUUAAGCAUUAAAGCACACGGUGAAUGUGUUAAAUAUGUCAAGUCAUUCAAUAUACCCACACUAGUACUGGGAGGUGGUGGGUACACUAUUCGUAAUGUUGCUAGAUGCUGGACGUAUGAGACAUCAUUAUUACUGGACACUGAUAUCAGCAAUGAGCUACCAUAUACAGAAUAUUUUGAGUAUUUUGGUCCUGAUUUCACACUCCAUCCUGAUGUGAGUACUAAAAUGGAGAACCAGAACACAAGACAAUAUUUAGAUCAGAUCAAGCAACAUGUUUUAGAAAAUUUAAGAAUAUUACCACACUCCCCUAGUGUACAGAUGCACCAAGUUCCUCCUGAUAUGCUAAGUAUGGAGGUACCUGAAGAACCUUCACUUGAUGUUCGAGAAACCCAACAUGAAACUGACUCAAGAGUUGAGCAUUCCGCUGAAUAUUAUGACAGUGAUAAAGAUCAAGAUUUAACAUACCAUCAUAACAUUGACAAUGUUUAACUAUCAUUAUUAAUUCACACAACAAGGCUACUGUACAAUUUAAUAGAGUAAUGGUCUGAUGUGGUUCUCAAGAGUUGUCA